GGAAAGGAGAGAGAAACAUCUAUGGCAGCAGCUUCAGUCUUUCACAUUUUUUCUUUGACCACACCCAAAGGAGCAUUUCCCUCUGCGCUCCUCCACCUGUCCACGGGAGCCAAAUCUCUGCGUCUGCGUCAACACAUCGGAACGAAGCUCAAGCAAAACGGAAUAAAGUCGAAUUAAAUGAGCUGGGGACUCUUUGGAUAUGCUAUGGAUUGAAACAAGUCUAAAAAGAAACAAUAACCAUCAAGCGAAGAUUAUCAGACAACAGAUAUUUAACUUCAAGUCAGCAACAUGGACUGGAAGACCUUCCAAGCCCUCCUCAGUGGAGUGAACAAAUACUCUACUGCGUUUGGACGGAUAUGGCUGUCGGUGGUGUUCGUGUUCAGGGUGAUGGUGUACGUGGUGGCAGCUGAGCGGGUAUGGGGCGACGAGCAGAAAGACUUUGACUGCAACACUAAGCAGCCUGGCUGCGCCAACGUCUGCUACGAUCACUUCUUCCCCAUCUCCCACGUCCGCCUGUGGGCUCUACAGCUCAUCUUCAUCACGUGCCCUUCCUUCAUGGUGGUCAUGCAUGUGGCGUACCGCGAGGACCGGGAGCGAAAGCACCAGGCAAAGUUUGGGGAUGACAAAAAGCUGUACACCAACACCGGCAAGAAACACGGCGGGCUGUGGUGGACCUAUCUGAUCAGCCUUUUCGUCAAAACGGGCAUUGAGAUUGCCUUCCUCUACAUCCUGCACCACAUCUACAACAGCUUCUAUCUGCCGAGGGUUGUCAAGUGCGAGGUGAGUCCCUGUCCCAACAUUGUGGACUGCUACGUUGGUCACCCAACGGAGAAGAAGGUCUUCACCUACUUCAUGGUCGGUGCUUCAGCCCUCUGCAUCAUCCUGAACAUAUGCGAGAUAAUCUAUCUCGUCUCCAAGAGAGUCGCACGGAUUGCCAACAAGAUCAAAAGGCAUAAUCGUACCAAGCAUUUUCAACACGACGACUACACCAACGACAACUUCAACAACUACAACAUGAUUGCGCCAAAGGAAAAGAUGGCGGAUAAGCCUCCGUCCUUCAAGAACGUCUGCAAGUCGCCGCCACGGCUGGAGGUACUCAGGACAGAUCCAAUGAUACGGGCCUCUGCUCCCAACCUGUCCUAUCAAUGCUCAUGAAUAAAGACAGGCCAAAGCUCAAGAGCUGAGAGUUGCUUUGGCUGGAUCCAAGGUUACAAACCUUACGAAAAAUAAGAAUCAGACCCGUGAGCCAAACUGCAGUAUGUCUCAGAGCCGGGAAGCCGAGUCACCGGUACAUUGAGUCUCCAUCUAGAACUCAAGGAAACGUUUGAACCUUGGUUUCCAAGUCAACACCCACAAUAUUUGCAAGUCAUCUAUUAAAUUUAAGUUUUAUUUUUUGGCAAUAUGUGGUUGUCCUUUUUUGGAUGAGGUAAAUGUUAUUGUGGCAUUUCAGCUUUUAUGAUUUUUCAAACAAAACAGCAAAGGUUCUCUCAGCCUUUCUUCUGAUCUGAGUUUUGACAUGGGGAGGAAGGGAAAUUAGUGUUACACAAGAAGCAGAGACACACCUGGUCGAGGUAUUCAUCAUUCCAGCCCGUUCCUACAGUGGUGUGUCAGACUCUGCGUUUGUAACCGAGGAUUUAUUCAUCCCUUACAUACGGGUUUUUUUUAAAUUCUAUUUACACUGAAAAUAUGCCCUUUGUCAUGAUUUCAUUAUAAGUCAGAGGAAAAAGGGUUUGAGUGUUUGUUUCAGAGUGCAUUGAGAAAUUACUUUUAAGUGUCCAGAGAUGAGCUUUUUGGAUCUUCACAGAUAAACCCAAACACAUGAACAAAGUGCAUUGGUUCUGUAAUUUAUGUUUUUUACACCCCUGCUCGCUUUCAGGUUUGUGCUGCCUUGACUCCUUGUGUUUUGACGUGUUUGUACACAACCUCGCCUGAUCCAAGAACACUGUUGAUUUAAAACGGCCCAAAGGAAUGCUGCUGUUUAAUUCUGGCUGUAGUGCUGAAUCAUGCUGGACAAAACCUGACCGACCUGGACGCAGCUCGUGGAACUGAGACAGUCCAAUCUGGACGGCACAUGGAAAUGUAUUAAUUGCAGCUGCUGUUAAUAUUCAUAAUUUUUUAUAAAACUGUAAAUAUUUGAAAA